UUGUGUCUUUCCCAGCAUCUCGUGACAAAUUUCUCUCACUGUAUCAGUUUACAGUUCACUUUACCAACGUACAGAUACACAAAAGCUGAACUUCUUGAACUAUGUGACGGUUAUGCUAAUCUAUAUCUGUGCACUGGCUAUGCAUCAAUGCAGUUGUGUCGCAACGAUGAAUUGGUACGAUUCGCAAGAGAUCAUCUGGGAUAUGUGUGCAAUCCGAUGAAUCUUGAGCGUUUCAUGCAACACUUCGACUGCUUAAGGAAAGUUGAGGAACAUAAUUCGGACAGCUGUCAAUAUUUCAUCGAAGGCAUCGCUGAGCCGGGUAAAGAUCAGCGAAAAUGCAGAGGUGUGAAACAAUAUAAUGAUUGCUUGCAACCGAAAAUUCGGAAAGAAUGUGGCAAGGAAGCAUGGAAUGAGUUCGAUAAAGUUAUUGAGUGGGUUGGAUGUCGUGUUUGA